AUGGGCGACACCUAUCCACUACAUAUUCGUUACCGCGGGGCUCAGCUGCGCGACUGCCGGGCUGGCGGACAUCACCACCUCGAGUGCUUCGGGGCCGCCGCCGCGGAAGUGGGCCUCUCCGACGCCACUCCCUUCUCGUUCCAAGGCUUCACGUUUUCCUGUGUGUACAACAACGGCUUUCUGAUGUACGGAGACGGCAGCGCGGGCUCUGACGGAGACUCCAACCAGCAAUUCCUCUGCAUAGGCACUUACGUUGUUCAGACGACCACAGAAACUACAAGCACUACGGCGACGACCACAGAGUCCUCCUCGACUGCGAUCACGUCAACGUCCACUGAAGGAGAUGACCUCCCUACUCGAUUCUCGACGCGGGGUACACGUGCUACGACUUCGGCCUCAGCGACGUCGCGAGCUCCACGGAGUGCUUUGGCCUCGCGAUGA